AAGCCAGCCCCUUUGCCGGACGGCAAAACCAAAAAAAUGGCUGCGCGCGCGCACGCUCGCCACCAACGACUGGCUUUAAGCGGCCGCGAUUAAUUCGGCCAGCGCACACCGAAGCUACACGACUCUCGUGCGUCUCGCCGCUCGCGGGAGCUCGCUCGCGUGGCUAUGUGCUCGACGUCCUCGUGAAGCCGAGGCAAGGAAGGGAGGGAACGCUGGAUUUGGCUUUUCGGCGGUCGUCCUCGCGGGGGCAGCUGUCGUGCGUCUCUCGUCGGUGAGUUCCGCGAAGGGCGACAGCGCAGAGCCGAAGAGCUGGAUUGGUAUCAGUUUUGCGCGUGGCGACAGCAGCUGGCGAGGCGCGAGGCCGAGAUGAUGCAGGAGCACAAGUCAUUUCUCAUUCGCGACUUGCUCGGCGACGUCUUGGAUCACCGCGUACAAGAUGACUCGGAAGACGAGUCGGCGCUACAUUCCGACUCCGAGGACACCAUUGAUCCCGGGAGCAGCCCGUGCACACGGCUGAGCAGUCCAUCGCCGGGAUCGGCCACGUCGGGCAACGGCAACCACAACCACAACAACAACAACAACAACAACAACAGCCACAGCAGCGGGAAGUCGUGCCUAGCGACGAGUAGCGGCGGCAGAAAGCCGCGCCGCAGGCGGACGGCCUUUACUCACGCGCAGCUGGCCUACCUCGAGAGGAAGUUCCGCUGCCAGAAGUAUCUGAGCGUGGCCGAUCGCAGCGACGUCGCCGACGCGCUCUCACUCUCCGAGACCCAAGUGAAGACCUGGUACCAGAACCGCAGCUUUCUGCCGCAGGACCAAGUGGAAGCGACAGAACCAGCUGCGACUCGAGCAGCUGCGCCACCAGGCCACGGUCGAGAAGGAGCUGCUGGUGCGCGGAGUGGGUCUGCACCACGGCGGCAUCGAGGCCUACUGCCCGAGCGCCUACGGCCAGCCCAGCCAGCAGCAGUCCGCGGCCGCCGCCUCGGCCAGUCCGCCCGCGCCGGCACCCGCGGCGGCCAGCGCCUCCACCGCCGCCUUCCUGUCCACGGCCGCGGCGCUCUUCCGCAACGUCACCUACGUCCACGGCUGCCCGCUCUAACCCAUCGCGCUGCAGCCGUUGCCGCUGCUCGAGCAGCAGCGCUGUCUCCAGCAGGCGCAGCUCCAGCGGGACGUCGGCGCUGCCGCUUCCUUCUCCUCGCUCUAAGGACCGGCGCUCUGCCCCGGCGCUCUUCACCGAAGCUCCUCACCCACAACUAUACUCGUUUCGUUCUGAUGUUCGUCCACGGCUUUCUCGUUGCGACUCGACGAUCUCGGUACCAUUAGAUGAUACAUGUAAUUUACUCGAUCGCCUUGCAAUAGGCAUGUACAUAUGUAAUUAUCAGUUAACAGUUAGGACAACAGUACGAAGGAGUAAGUAUAUUUGUACCUAAGACAUUUAUGAAACUAGUCGAUUUUAUUAAAAAAGUAGCCAAAUAAUUUGUUCGUUCGAUAAACACACGUACACACACGCACGCGCACACACGUACACUAUUAUCAGAGUUACACCGUCGAGUAUUAUUGAACGAAGCAACAUAGAAACGUGCAAUGUCUGUCGACUUAUAAAUAAGCGUUACUACUCACUAGCUU